AUGGAGAACUUCAUUACCGCAACAAACAAUUCCAUCCAACAACUACAAACUCAGAACAAGCUCAUGGAAAAUCAAAUAAGUCAACUUGCUCAUCAAGUUGGCCAAUCUUCAAAGACUCCAGGUACCUUUCCAAGUCAAACAAAGCAACCACAAAAGGGGCAUAUGAAUGUCAUGACUUUAAGGACUGGAAAGCAGUUGGAAGAUCCUCCCGUAAGGAAGCCAUCAAAGGAGGUUGUUGAAGAGGUAGUCACAAAUGAGAAGGAAGUUGAUAUUAGUGUGAUUGAGAAAGAGCCAAGGGCAUCGAUUCCACCACCACUUGCUCCAUAUGUGCCACAGGAUAUUCUCUCUAACAAGAAGAAGCUUGAGGAGAAUGCUACACUUGCGUUGACUGCAGAGUGUAGUGCAAUUUUGCAAAACACACUUCCUAAGAAACUAGGCGAUCCGGGUAGCUACUCAAUUCCGGUGAAACUUGGAGACAUAGAGAUCAACAGGGCACUAUGUGACCUUGGUGGAAGUGUGAGUCUUAUGCCGCUCUCUAUUUGCAAGAAACUUCAAAUGGGUGAACUAAAUCCUACACGCAUAUCUUUACAACUUGCGGAUAGGUCAAUUAAGUUUCCUUUGGGUGUACUUGAAGAUGUUCCUCUUCGUGUGGGAAAAUUCUUUAUUCCAUAUGACUUUGUUGUGAUGGAGAUGGAGGAGGAUGCAUAUGUUCCUGUUAUUCUUGGUAGACCAUUCUUAGCCACUGCAGGUGCAAUCAUUGAUAUGAAGAAUGGUAAAAUCACUUUUGAGGUAGGCGACGAGAAAAUAGAGUAUUCACUCUUGAAUGCUAUGGGAACUCCUUCCAUGGGAGAGACUAUUUGUCAAGUGGACGUCCUUGAUGAUUUACAACGUGAUCAACUUCCCUUGAUUAAAACAGAUGAUGCACUUGAAACGGUGUUAAUGGGGAGUGCCAAUCAUGAAGAUUGGGAAACAAGGGAGUACACACGGCUACUUGAGGAAGCAAAAGCCAAUCCAAUCACCGCUUCAGUGAAGGAAGUCCUUAGUGCAUCGAGUUUUAGGGAGAGUACUACGCCUCCCGAGGUAGAGUUGAAACCCCUUCCCUCUACUCUUAAAUGUGCAUACCUUGGUCCUAAUAAUAAAUAUCCUAUUAUUGUUAAUGCUGAGCUUAGUGACACAAAAUUAGAGUAA